GCCGGGCGCCCGCCCUGGGGCUCCCAACCCCCCACCCUCCCAGCGGCGCCUCUCGCGAUAGCCGGGGACCCGGCCCGGCCCGGCCCUCCCCCGGCACUGCUUGGCGUCCGGCACUACUGCUCCGCUCGCGCACACGCGCCCGCUCCCCGCCCCGCCCCGGGGGCUGCCCCUGUGCAGGGCGCUCGUGGCCGCUCCGGGGAGGCGCUGCCAGGCGUUGGGAAUGUAAAAUCCCGUUUGCGUUUGGGGCCAAGGGUGCAAGCCCCCUUGCCGCAAGCCGCGCCGGGCGUGUGAGAGCCCCGCCGAGGGGCUCCUGCUGCGGCUGGGUUUGCAGCGCGGGGUCCGUGUGGGCAGGGCGGUGCGGCCCGGAGGAAGCCCGAUUGAAAAGACAAACAUGAAGAAGUUAAAGCUUAAAGAACUGGAAAGCCGUCUUCAACAAGUUGAUGUUUUUGAGAAUCCAAAGUUACUACUUGAACAGUAUCCAACAAGGCCACAUAUUGCAGCAUGUAUGCUGUACACAAUUCACAACACUUUUGAUGAUAUUGAAAACAAAGUGGUUGCCGAUCUAGGGUGUGGUUGCGGCGUGCUGAGCAUCGGAAGUGCAACAUUAGGAGCAGGGUUGUGUGUGGGGUUUGAUGUGGACACACAUGCCCUGGAAAUAUUUAGUAGAAAUGCUGAAGAAUUUGAGCUCACAAAUAUUGAUGUGAUUCAAUGCAACGUGUGUUCUUUACCUGACAGAAUGUCAAAAACAUUUGACACAGUAAUUAUGAAUCCUCCCUUUGGAACCAAGCACAAUAAAGGGAUGGAUAUGGUUUUUUUGAAAGUAGCUUUGCAAAUGGCAAGAACAGCUGUAUAUUCUUUACACAAAACUUCAACACGGCAACACAUUCAAAAGAAAGCAGAUGAAUGGAAAGUGAAGAUGGAAGUUCUAGCUGAACUUAGAUAUGAUUUACCAGCAUCAUACAAGUUUCAUAAGAAGAAAUCGUGACUUGUCUGAUAGUCAAGACCAAAGAGAGGAUUAAACUGCAGUCUUCCUCAAGAAUAUGAAUUUCAAGGUAUUUUUAAUUUCCAGCCCCUAACCCCCUCCCUCUUUUUUUUUUUUUCUUUGCAGGGAGGGGUGGAAGGGAAGGGAAGAAACUGGGUGCUUUGCUUCUGAUUCUCUUUUCAGAACAGCUUAGCUAUUUGUAAAAUGCCUCAGCUUCUUCUGAUGCUGUCUCCAGAAGAGGGUUUAUCUUUACUGUACAGUCUUAGCUUGAAUAAUGGCUCUAGUUUUGCCUUUAGCCUAGGGGUGGGCAAAAUGCAGCCCACAGGCCAGAUGCAGCCAGCCAGGCCAUUCUACCCAGCCCAUGGGCCUCCCAAAAAUUUAGGAAAUUAAUAUUUAUCUGCCUCUGGCUGCUGGUCAUGCAGCCCUCUAUGGCUUGCCAAAACUAAGUAAGCAGCCCUCCACCCAAAAUAAUUGCCCACCCACCCCUGCUCUAGCCCAACUCUCAUCAACUCAAAUUACUGAUCUAUGGGCACAGUGGUGGUUUAAAAUGAAGUAACUUGCUUUCUCAGAAGGCAGGAACUGAAGCUUAAAUGGUGCUGGCACUCAGCUAGAAAUAGUGAGAAUGCCAGCUACAAGUUGACACAGUUUGUGAGAUGCCAAUUCCCCUGCUUUUCAGUCAGUGUGGCCACUCUUCACUUGAGGAAAGCUGGUUUGAGUAGAGUAACUUGAGUUUAGUCCUAUGGUAAUUUGCACUAUUGGGCUUUGGCUGCUUUACAAAGCUGUGGGAGUUGCCUACUAUAUCACAUCAAUCCUAUUUUAGUUUAAUCUUUCUCUCUUUAAAUUCAGGCAUCUUUCACCAACUGUCCUCUUCAAGGACAGUUAUAUUCGUCCAAAUUGUUUCAAACUAUUUUUAGUUUCAGAAACCAGCCACUGUUCUCUAUUUACUUAAUUUUAACCCCACAUAAUAGUCCAAUACAACCUCUUCUGAUCUACAAGUCAUAUUGUUAUUGUUCUGAUGGUACUUUUGUUACCUACUAUGCACAACCCUAAAAACAUCAUCUCCCAGUCUUUCCUACUUCAUGCCACUAGGACCCAACCUUGACCUGCACCACAGUUAAAGUUAGCUAUCAUUUUUCAAAUGACAGGGGUGGACUGGUAAAUUCAGAGGUUUCAUUUUUGACUAUCAGUAGUUAGUAAAUAAAUCCAUUCAGUAUAUAAUCCCAGAGUUCAAAUACCUGAAGGACAAUAGAGAGUGCCUUUUUUCUCUGUGGUUUUAGGGGACAGGACUAGAGGCAAUGGACUUCAACUGAAGCAGAGCAGAUUUCAGAUGGAGACCAAGCAAAGCUGUCUGAGUACAAGGGUGGUGAAGUAUUAGAACAAGCUAUCUAGAGAAACUAUGGAAUCACCACCCUGGAAGUUCUCUUUAGUUUUAAAAGAUCCCCAUGAACUACAGCCCAACUCUCUUCUUCCUCUGCUCCAGCUCCUUAGCAAUAGCUACCCUACAAAAUAAUGGCUUGCCUGCACUACCUUCUAGCGCUCUGCCAGCUAAAAUAAUCUGGUCCUCUCUUCUCAGUAAAGGGGCAAGCAUCAGUAUGAGACCGACAGGCCAAAAUAUUCCAGCCUGCCCCUUGACACCUCGGUACACCGUACAACAUAUGGUCUGCCUGGGCAAUCCCAGUAGCCCACCAGAAUACUUUAUUAAGCCAAGAAGGAUUUGAGAAGUAAACCAAAGCCUUGCAUCCUUGCCAGAGGAGCAGCAGGCCAGCUUCACACCCUGGACAGCUGCAGCGCCAAUGGCAGAGACAUGGUCAGAUGCCAUUGUGACAGUGGCAAUGUUCACACAAAUUCUCCCCACACCCCAGACGGCUGCUCCGGUCAUACACCCAUUACACUAUUGUGUGGCAGUUCAUUAAUCUGUGCAGCAGCCUGCACACCUGGCCCAGUUUCACCACUUGCAAACAUGCUGAGGAUUUACUUCCAAUCCAAGCAGAUCUUUGCAGUCUUCCACUGGAAAGUGUACCUUGCUAGUGGUCCUCAGAGUCUGACCUGUGCAUCCUGAUCUUAGGCUAAACACAGGAAGAACGGAAGGUGAUGGGGCUCUGACAAGUGCCUGUACUAGCUGCAGAGGAAAGCAGCAAUGGCUGGGUCCUUGGGUCAAAGGUUGGUGAGCAUGAACUAGGUCAUUUCAGCCUACACUCUAAAAAUGCUGCCAACUACUGAUUCAGACCAGCUGUCCCAACCCUAAUGCUCAAUCUCCUGGCCCUCUCAUCUCUCAAAUAGUCCCCCUGCCCCAAUCCAUAAUCACAGACCCCUCUCCCCUAAUCUCCCUACCCUGUACCUUCCUAACACUCUCCAUUUCUUCAGACAGCAUUAAGAGAUUAUAACAUUCUGAGUGUUAACAGCUCAUAUAAGGACAGGGCACAUACGAGGAACCUCAGGAACAAGUGACCUAGUGACCUGCUUUCAAUAGACCACAUUCAACUCCACUGCUCAGAAAAGUGACUACCCUAACUCCCUUCUGGUUUGUAGAAUGCUCACUCGAAAGCUUGCUUAAUAACUAUUCUCCAACCAUUUGGGUUGGUCUAAUAAAAGAUAUCAAAUUCACCCAAGGAA